UAUUUUUGAAACAUAAAAAUGAAAAAAUUCGCCACCACGCCACCUCCACCACACGCCUCCGCCCCACAUGGAAAUUUUCCGUCAAAGCUGUCUCUACUUGCCAAGUUGAUCCAUUAUUUCUUAUUUGAACUAGUCUAGCAAACCUAUUCUGUUAUUGCAGAGGAAGGUUCCAAAUUAUAGCGACUCCUCGACAAAACCAGGCACGCGUGCAUAUAUAUCUUACACAACUCACACAAUUCAAUGCAUCAUCUGAAAAGGAAUUCUGUGCUACAACUCCUUCCAUAUAACCUAUAUAUGAUCUAGCCCAGUCUAAUGCAUAAUCACACCAUAACAAUGAAACAUGAGAGAGCACUGGCUUAGCUAGGUUAGAAAGACAGUGCCGUAGCAAGGAUCCACACCAUACCUCUCUAGCCAUGCAAGAAGCAUUAGUCCUCCUGGUGCUCAUCAUCUUCCCAGUGACCACAGAGGUAUCAGCCACCUCUUCUGGGCUUGCCGUCUCAUUGCCGGGGUGCCCAGACAAGUGCGGCAACGUGUCCAUCCCUUACCCAUUUGGCAUCGGUGAUGGCUGUGCCGCAAGCAGCCUGAACCCCUAUUUUACUGUGACCUGCAACAACAGCUUCCAGCCACCAAGGCCUAUGAUUAAUGGCAUGGAGGUCAUUGACAUCUCUCUGGAGCGUGGCGAGGUGCGUGUUUACCGCCCUGUCAGCUACAACUGCUUCACGUCAAACACCACCAUAUCGGAGAACUACACGGAUUGGUUCAGCCUGGAAGGCACGCCGUUCAUCCUCUCCGCCAUCCGCAACCGCUUCACGGUCAUCGGCUGCAACACCCUAGGGGUGAUUGGCGGCUACACACACGGCAACUCUGACCCUUAUGUGGCCGGCUGCUACUCGUACUGCCAAGGCAUCAACAGCACGUCUGACGGUGCGCCGUGUGCCGGGAUGGGAUGCUGCGAGACCACCAUCUCCCCCAACCUCACUGACUUCUCAGCGUUAUUGUUCGACCUGAACAACGUGUGGAACUUCAACCCAUGCUUCUACGCGAUGCUUGUUGAGGUCGGGUGGUACAGCUUCAGGAGGCAGGACCUCGUCGGGCGCCUUGGGUUCAUCCACGAAAGAGCCAACAGAGGUGUCCCUGUCGUCGGUGACUGGGCCAUUAGAAAAGGCUCAUGUCCAAAAGAUGGUGAAAGGUUGCCAAGAGACCAUGCUUGUGUCAGUUCAAACAGCUAUUGUGUGAGUGCAAGUGGGCCAGGGUACCUGUGCAACUGCUCUGAAGGCUAUGCGGGCAAUCCUUAUAUUCACGAAGGCUGCCAAGACAAAGAUGAGUGCAAACUGCGUAAGCAGGACCUCAAGUACAAAGACUUAUAUCCAUGCGAAAAUGGGAUCUGUCGCAAUACACCAGGACACUAUAUAUGCAAGUGCAGGAUAGGAACAAGACCAGAUGGCACAAAUUCUGGAUGCCGGCCUCUGCUUAGACAAACCGAACUGGUGGCCAUAGGCCUCAGUGCUUCUGCAGUCAUAAUGAUAUCUUUGACAUGCAUAUUGGUUAUGAAAUUACAACGAAGGAAGCAUAGGAAGGAGAAGGAUGAAUAUUUCAAACAAAAUGGAGGUCUGAAAUUAUAUGAUGAGAUGAGAUCAAGGCAAGUUGACACCAUUUGUGUACUUACAGAGGAAGAGAUAAAGAAAGCCACAGACAACUUUAGCGAAGAUUAUGUUCUUGGAUGUGGUGGCCAUGGAAUGGUCUAUAGAGGAACUUUAGAUGACAACAAAGAAGUUGCCAUAAAGAAGUCCAAGGUAAUAGAUGACGACUGCAAAGAAGAAUUUGUAAAUGAGAUAAUAAUCUUAUCACAAAUUAACCACAGGAACAUUGUGAGGUUACUGGGAUGCUGCUUGGAGGUAGAUGUGCCGAUGUUGGUGUAUGAGUUCGUUUCCAAUGGUACCCUCUUUGAGUUCCUUCAUGGCAAUGAUAGCAGAUCACCGAUCCCCUUGGAUCUUAGAUUGAAGGUUGCAACACAGUCAGCAGAAGCUCUUGCCUACAUUCAUUCAUCAACUUCUCGUACAAUUCUGCAUGGAGAUGUCAAAUCCCUCAAUAUACUCUUGGAUGAUGAAUACAAUGCAAAAGUGUCAGAUUUUGGAGCAUCGGCACUAAAGUCCAUGGACAAAAAUGAUUUCAUUAUGCUUAUCCAAGGAACUCUUGGUUAUAUUGACCCUGAAAGUUUUGUCAGUCAGCGUCUAACUGACAAAAGUGAUGUAUACAGCUUCGGGGUUGUUCUUUUAGAGCUAAUGACAAGGAAGAAGGCAGUAUACAUUGAUAUCUCUAAUGAAAAGAAAGCACUAUCUCAUACUUUCAUACAGAUGUUUCACCAGAACAAGCUCCGGGAUAUGUUGGACAGUGACAUAGUAGAUGAUGAGGUUAUGGUGGUAGUUGAGAAACUAGCUGAGCUUGUCAUGCACUGCCUGAGCCCAAAAGGAGAUGAGAGGCCAACAAUGAAGGAAGUUGCAGAGCGACUACAAAUGUUGAGAAGACUCGAGAUGCAGUUAGCCACAAAAAAGAAUCCUAUGCAGGCGUAUUAUUCUUGUGGAGGACCUUCAGUGCCUGUCCCUUCAGCCGAGAUGGGAUACCAGAGCACAGAGACAGUCAAACUGGUGUUGGAUGUAGAUCUCGCAAGAUAAAUAAGUGC